AUGUUUAGACCGCUUCAAUUUCAAGCUCGACAUUUACUACGGGCUCAAUGCCGAUACAAUUCCACUACUCCUUCUUCACCACCUCUGCUUGCGAAGUUAAGGGCAGAUUUGAAAACGGCUAUGAGAGCCAAAGACACCGUCAGACUUGAUGUUGUACGGGCCAUAAUUGCAGAAAUCAACAACUCCGCCAAAACAUCGUCGCCGAUUCAAACUGAUCUACAACUGCUCUCCCUGAUUCGCAAGCGCUCAGCGUCUCUUGAGGCAUCUACUCAAGAGUUUAUCAAGGCUAACAGAAGCGAUUUGAAAGAGCGAAACGAUGCAGAAAUGCGUGUGCUUGCUGAGUACGGGGCGCAAGUCCCAACGACGAGCGAGGAAGAGAUACAGUCUGCGAUUUCCCAGACCAUAGAAAAGUUGCGAAGCGAGGGUGCAAAAGUCGAGAUUGGGGCCAUUAUGAAGGCCGCCUUUGCACCUAAUGGGCCGUUGAAUGGAAAACCAGCUGAAAAAGGAACUGUCUCGAAAGUCGCUGCGAGACUGAUUUCGGCCUCGUAA